CUUAUUUUUUCUUGCAACAAUCAGCUGUACAGUAAAAAGAGAAUCAGAGACGGAGGAGGCGGUCUUUUCCCACCCUUCUCCUCCUUGUGGGCUGUGGCUCGGCUGGUGGCUGCGUUGUGGGACAACAAUGAAUUCAGGUAUGACCCAGAUAUCGCACUCGCCCACUGCCAGCAGGCUUAAUUCCGCUUGGAUUGGGAAUGGGAAUUUAAUUACGCAUGGGCUAGGGCUAGGACUAGGGGGAGAAGCAGCAAACAAUAGCAAUAGUAGAAAGAAUAGAAACAAUGCACUUGUAACCAUCAUGAGAGACAGAAGCAAUAACAGGAAGCCGCUGCAGAAAGGCCGGAAUCUCAGCAUCGAAGCCAUUCAAACGGUUCAGGCACUCAAGCGGGCCAGAGCCACUAGUAGUUGUCCGCUGGAGCCUGCCCUUGAGACCACCUUUAGGCGUUUGCUCAAGCUCGAUAUGAUAGCCGUUCUACGCGAACUCAUUCGCCAGAACCAGUGUUAUUUGGCUCUUAAGGUUUUCGAAGAAAUUCAGGAGGAGUAUUGGUAUAGGCCUCAAAUAUCACUGUAUGCUGAAUUGGUCUCACUUUUGGGAAGCAAUGGUUUGCUUGAAGAGGUUGAACUGCUUUUCAUUAAAUUGAAGAAGGAACCUUGUUUAGAGCCUGAUAUUAACGGUUUUAAUGCAUUGCUGGAGAUUUUAGCAAAUUUCAACCUCACUGGACUUGCAGUUGAGUGCUUUUACCUGAUGAAAUCUAUAGGCUGUGACCUGGAUAAGUUGUCAUUCAAGAUAUUAAUCAAUGUUUUAGAGUCAAAUGAGGAAGCAAGUCUUUCAGCUUUUUUUCGACUGGAAGCCCAGAAAUAUUUUGGUCAAUCUCUAAAUUUUCAAGAGAAAGGAGAGGGAGAAGGAUAUUCUUUGAGCUCAAACUGACUUGGUUACUCUUGCAGGAGCUGCUAGAUGCAAUCUGAUAGCACCUCCCAUUGCAAGUGUUUAGCAUGUUCUACCCUGUCAGGAAAAAGUUCUUGCACUUUUUUUUUGUUUAGCGGCUAGGAGCUAUUUAAAUAUUUGUAGCCAAAUUUACCGGUGACUUUAAACUCUUUACUUAUGGAGACAAGUGCAAUGGUUAUGCUUUGCGGCUAAUGCUUUUCAAACCAUGAAAUUUAAUUUGGUAUUGGUUGCAAGUGCACGAAA